AGAAAGUAAACCCAUUCAUUCCUUCCCUUGCCACGUGCCGGGAUUUGGAAAGACAAAACUAUCCUAUCGCUCUCUCUCCAUAAGCGGACAACGCAAAGCAAUGAACCCCAAACUGCCACUGGUUGACGACUGAUCCCGCUCUGUUCAGCCAUCUUUGAGUCGAAGGACGUGGAGCGAGAGAACGAAGAGUGAAUUAAUAAAAUUGAUUGAACAUGGGAGGAGGAGCAGAACAUGGUCAUGGAGCUGAGGGUGCCCAUGGGGAUUUCAGGGCGAAGGUGUGGAGCAUGAGUGGUGGCCCAUACUGCAGGCCCAAGCAUUGGCGUCGCAACACCGCCAUCGCCAUGUUUGGCGUUGUUCUCAUUUGCAUCCCUAUCGCCAUGAAAUCGGCCGAGCUGGAGCAACGGCCACACCAUCCUGUUCGCCCAAUUCCAUCACAGCUCUGGUGCAAGAACUUUGGUACUAAAGAUUACAAUGAAGUGAAGUGACAAUGGAAGUUGAAUAUCAGUGUCAAAAGCAAGACUUCGUUUCUUUUGAUUGCAGGAUUUGAGCAAGACUUUGUUUAAUUAUGUGCUGAAUAAGCCUUGAAUCUAAAUAACCGUUUUUUAUCAUAUUUUCAAGUUGCUGUU